CAUAUACUUUCCAUAAAAAUCGAUUCAGAAUUUCAUACGCUUAAACCCUUAUAAAUCCAAAAAAAAAUUGAGCUCAAUUUUCUACCACUGUAGAACUUUCGGUUAAUCUGUGCUGAUUUUCCCCAAAAAUUUGAAAGGAAUUUUUUUCGCAUCAGCUCGUCGGCCGGCAAUCGUAGAUGGCUUUGGUAACCACAGCCGAAGUUUGUGAUGCAAACGCACAUCUUAUCGUGAAUGGUGAGCUUCGAGCUCUUCACCCCGUAUUCCAAAUUUACGGCCAACGCCAGGUCUUCUCUGGGCCAGUUGUCACUCUCAAAGUAUUCGAAGACAAUGUUUUGGUACGUGAGUUUCUCGAGGAAAAGGGCAAUGGCAGAGUUCUUGUUGUUGAUGGUGGUGGCAGCUUAAGAUGCGCGAUACUGGGCGGCAAUCCUGUGGUUCAGGCUCAGAACAACGGAUGGGCUGGGAUUGUUGUGAAUGGAUGCAUCAGAGACGUCGAUGAAAUCAACGGCUGUGAUAUCGGCGUGAGAGCUUUAGCUUCUCAUCCGGUGAAAGCGAACAAGAAAGGGAUUGGGGAGAAGCACGUGCCUGUGAAUAUAGCUGGGACUAGAAUAUGCGACGGGGAGUGGCUUUACGCUGAUACGGAUGGUAUUCUUGUCUCGAAGAUGGAGUUGUCGGUUUGAGUUUCUAUUUAUACCUUAUUGUAUUUCGUAUAGAAUUAAUUGAUUAAUUACGUGCAUGUGUCGUCUUUACUGUAUUCUACUAUGUUGCAGCCUGUUUGGAACCCUUGAGAUGAAUGUGUGUUUUGUUUUCGUUUGUGAAAUGUGUCCAUGAAUAAUGUUUGGAAGUUAUGUGAGUUUAAGAUUGCUGUUUUUUUUUUUU